CUCUGUGAACUGACCUAAAACUGAGAGGUUUGGAUUUGACGCGGAACUCUUGAGACUUACACUGAGAACGAGUGCCUUUUCGUCCUCACCCUUAUGAAGUUUCAAUAAAGCCCAACACAUCGGCAGCGCGUGCGUCAGCAUUGUAGACUCACCUCGUUCCAAAGAAAAUACUUGUCUUUCAUUUGGUUCUAACGCCCUUGAAGAAGGUGAAAAGUUAACCUGGCACGCGGAUUACCCAGAAUUUGGGGUGCAUGCAUCAAUGCCAAGAAAUUUCAUUAGGGAAACUCUGCCCAAGGAAAACGCGACUUCUCUGCCUAGGAUGGAUCACCCGGUCCAGGAUGGGAGGUCACCGGUGAACAGGCCCAUGCCUUCCAGGAAUCCCUCCUCCUGCGCCAGCCUAAAGAUGUUCCUUGUGGCCUUGUCCUUUGCUUAUUUCGCCAAGGCAUUGUCGGGGAGCUAUAUGAAAAGCACAAUAACGCAGCUGGAGAGGCGCUUUGACAUCCCCAGUUAUUUAGUUGGUGUCAUUGAUGGGAGCUUUGAAAUAGGUAAUUUGCUGGUGAUUGCGUUUGUCAGUUACUUUGGGGCCAAGCUGCACAGACCGAAGAUCAUAGCAGUGGGGUGUCUGCUCAUGUCUGUGGGGACUUUCCUCAUUGCAUUGCCACACUUCAUUAUCGGACGCUAUAAGUUUGACUCAUCGAUUAGAUCUUCAGUGAACUCAACCAAUAUCUUCUCUCCAUGUCCAGCAAGCUCACCUGGUGUACUGUCUGCAGGUGACAACUCCUCUGAGGUGCCUACUGCAGGCUGUGAGCGGGAGUCCAGCCUAUCCAUGUGGAUUUAUGUUUUUCUGGGGAAUGUAUUACGCGGAAUAGGGGAGACUCCUGUUCAGCCUCUCGGGAUCUCAUACAUAGAUGAUCACGCUUUGGAAGAAAAUGCAGCGUUCUACAUUGGUUGCGUCCAGACGAUAUCGGUCAUUGGUCCCGUGUUUGGUUACUUGCUGGGAGCUUUGUGUGCCAAGAUAUAUGUGGACAUUGGAUUUGUCAACAUGGAGAGCAUUACCAUUGCACCGGGGGACGCACGCUGGGUGGGGGCCUGGUGGCUGGGGUACCUCAUCGCGGGGCUCAUCACCCUGCUCUCGGCCAUCCCCUUCUGGUUCCUGCCCAGGUCGCUGCCCAUGCCCGCGGGCAAACAGUCGGAAAAGAGCUCCCCCGAGCACGCCAACUCCAUCAAGGAGCACAAGUACCAGGCAGACGAACCCGCCAGCUGCCUGGAGAUGGCCAAAGACUUUGUGCCAACAUUAAAGUCUCUUCUUGGAAAUCCCGUGUACUUGUUGUAUCUGUGCGUGACCAUUAUCCAGUUCAACUCCCUCAUUGGCAUGGUCACAUACAAGCCUAAAUACAUAGAACAGCAUUAUGGACAGUCUGCCUCAACUGCCAACUUUUUGAUGGGAAUCAUAAACAUCCCCGCCGUGGCUUUGGGAAUGUUCUCGGGAGGCGUGGUCAUGAAGAAGUUCAAGCUGAGCAUCAUGGGAGCGGCCAAGUUUGCGCUGGGAACGUCGCUGUUGGGCUACUUCCUGUCCCUCUUCUUCCUGGCCAUGGGCUGCGAGAAUUCCAAAGUGGCCGGCAUAACCGUCAACUACCAAGGUGUGGAGGGCCUCUCUUAUCACGAGAGCGCACUGUAUAUGGACUGCAACAGGGACUGCCAGUGCUCGGGGAAGGACUGGGAUCCCGUGUGUGGGGAGAACGGCAUCACGUACAUCUCUCCCUGUCUGGCCGGCUGCCGCUCGUCCAGUGGCUCAGGGAAGAGCACGAUGUUUGACCAGUGCAGCUGUGUUGCCGCGGGGAAUAUGACGGCUCGAGUGGGCCUCUGUCCGAACCGGAAGGCCUGCGACCGCAUCUUUCCCUACUUCCUGGCCCUGUCCGUGGUCACCUCCUUCAUCAUCUCGCUGGGUGGCACGCCAGGAUACAUGCUCCUCAUCAGGUGCAUCAAGCCGCAGCUGAAAUCGUUAGCGUUGGGGUUCCACACACUGGCCACAAGGACCCUGGCUGGCAUCCCGGCACCGAUAUACUACGGAGCCAUAAUCGACACCACCUGCCUGAAAUGGGGCCGGACGAGCUGUGGGGGGCGAGGAGCGUGCAGGAUCUAUGACACUGCAGCGUACAGGACGGCGUACCUGGGGCUGACGCUGGGCCUGCGUGCCGUCUCCUUCCUGCUCUGCAUCUGGGGCUUUGUGGUGCUCCGGCGGCACGUGCGGAGGCAGGAGCGCGGCGCGGUGACCAACGGCAGGGUGGCCGGCCCGGUAGCGGCCGGCGCCGACGAGCUGGAGGCCCUCAGGAAGGAGGAGACCGUCGGGGCGGCCGGCAGCGACCAGUCCCAACGGAACUCGGACUGCUACCCGGAGCGGGAGACGCGCCUGUGA